AUGGCCGGGAACUUCUGGCAGAGCUCGCAUUAGUGAGUAGCUAGUUUUCACGGGUCUGGGUGCAUCUAGGAUGGGAAGCGAAAGCUGUGCCGGGUUACGGGGGGGGGAGGCACAAAUUGGGGGGGGGGGGGGAGAAAAGGCGGGCGAGGCAAAUUCCCCCCCACCCCGUAGGUCCUUCAUAGGUAAUAGUCGUUGGAAUAUUAGGUGCAGUGAGAUGCGGGUGGAAGGGGUGUGCCUGGAGGUUGUGGCUUUUGGGGAAAAUAUGAAUUCUUACACUGUUAUAUGUUUGUAUGGCUUUAUGCCAAAGCUGUUAUGGGUUUUCUGCUACUGGCUGUAAGGACGAAAUUGGCUGUGUGUGCUGUUGUGUUUUUCCAGAUGGAAAAUCCCUUAUAGAAAGUCAUGCAAAUCUAUGGUGCGGUGUGUAAAGUUCUGGCCAGCUUGCCUCAAAAACUGACUUUGUAGGGUUGGAAAAGGUCCAGAGAAGGGCAUCCAAAAUGUUCAAGGGGAUGGAGAAUCUCCCUAGGAGGAAAGGUUGCAGCAUAUGGGGCUUCUUAGUUUUGAGAAAAGGCCAGUAAGAAGUGACAUGGUGGAAGUUCAAAAGAUUUUGCAUGGUGCAGAGAAAGUGGAUGGAGAAAAUAUUUUCUUCCUUUCUCAUGACAAUAGAACUUGCGGGCAUCCAAUGAAGCUGAAUGCUGGAAGAUUCAGGACAGAUAAAAGAAAGUAUUCCUUCAUGCAGCACAUAGUUAAACUAUGGAACUUGUUCCCCCAGGAGGCAGUGAUGACCACCAAACUGGGUGGCUUUAAAAGAGGAUCAGACAAAUUCAUGGAGGAGAAGGCUAUUAGAGGCUAAUAGCCACAGUUCUACAUGCACUGUCUGAGGCAGUAUGCCUCUGAAUACCAAUUGCUGGGAAUCGCAGGUGGGCAGAGUACUGUUGUGUUCAUGUCCUGCUUGCAAGUUUCCCACAGGCAUGUGGUUGGCUGCUGUGAGAACAAGAUCCUGGACUAGAUGGGCCAUUGGCCUGAUCCAGCAGGCUCUUCUUGUGUUCUUUCAUGUGGCAUUGAUAAGGUGACAGCUCAUGUAGGGCAAGGUGCUUUUGACACAGUAAAAGUGCUGCCUGCUGUAUACUACAUAAUUUAGUAAAGACCCCCACCCAAGAGUUUUGUGGAGCUAAAAAACCUAACAAACUAUUGAUGUCUUUUAUUGAACCAUACUACUAGUAUCGCUUUAUGCACACAGUUUUUUAUUUUCUAUUUUGGUUCAAAUGGAAAGGCAACAAGUAGUUAUUUAAAUUUUGGAUGGAAACAGGUAAUGUGAAAAAUGUGGAAUUUUCUGAUAUCUAUUUGUUGUUUACUAUGAGAGGAAUAUUGCCCAUUUAAAUUCAUCAUUUCCCCCUCCUUUCUUCAAAUGCUUUCGUAUCUGCAUACUGUAUCUGUGCACAAGGGAAUAUUGUACUACCUCCCAAGAAUUGGGUUGCUUAUUCCCUACCACCUCCACCUACAAGGUCUUAGGUGAAUAGAGCAUUGUGAUACUAUGAGGCUAGAGAACCUUCAGCAGAUAACUUGCGGAUAACCAACUUAGUGCCCUACAGAUGUUGUUGAGCUCCAACUCCCAUCUGCUCAAGCCAGCAUGGUCAGUGGUCGGGGAAGGUGGGAGUUGUAGUCCAGCAACAUCAGGAGGCCACCAUGUUGGCUACCCUUGAAAUAACUGAAAGCUUGUAAAAAAUAUCCAUGGUGAAAAGACUUGACUCAGGUUCAUAAAUUUUUGACAGAAAAUGAAUGGGUAUCUUUUAGGAUAAUGCAAACUAGCAAUUACAAAUAGGAGAAAAUUUCACCUGGCUGGAGAUAAUUCUCAGUAUUGCAGCAGUCAUUUUAUCCUUCUUUGGCCACUUUUUAUGUGUAAUCUACCAGCACCUAAAUUCUAAAUCUGUUUAUUUGUGAGAAAGUCUGAUCUCAAAACCCAAAACAAUAUAUGUAAACACAUAAUUGAAAACCAUGAUGAUGUUGAGAUACUUCUGGGACAGGUGCCACAGGCAGAGAGGCUGAAUUGAAUUUUUAGGUGUAUGCAUGCUUUGCAUAGCAUUUAUUUAUUUAAAUUAUAUUCUGCUUACUAACCAGAGUUCUUGAGGCAUCUAGCAGUAUAUUUAAAACCCAAUAAAAUAGACAGAAAGUUACUAGGGCAGAACAAAGACAUAUACAAGUUUCUUCCUCGUUCUCAGAUACUCCAGAUGCUGCUCUGCAGCUGAAUCUCUCGGCCCCAGCAGGCCUCAGAGGAAAUGUCUGCCAAAGCAUGUCACAGGUUGGGGCUUCCUUGCUUGGCUGCUGCUGCUGUCUCUUGCAGCUGCUGGCUCUUGUGGCACAUGUAAGAGGUGCUGGGGGAACAAAUUAGUAUGGCUCUGAAUACCUAGGAAAGUUUGUGACUUUUGCAUCAGGCUGUGUAGUAGAAGCUGAAACGUAGGCUCCUUUCUAUUUGUGGUACAAUGACCUUCUGUUUAGUUGGUAUAAUCUAACUUAUACUGAAAGUUGUCUCUUCUCUCUCCACUUUCUGUGUAGCUUACAAUGGAUUUUGGAUAAGCAAGAUCUGUUGAAGGAACGCCAGAAGGACUUAAAAUUUUUGGCAGAAGAAGAAUAUUGGAAGCUGCAGAUAUUUUUUACAAAUGGUAAAAAUAGUUUCACUUUUAACUUAACCCACUGUUUCAUACUGUGUGUGUGAUGAAUUAUUUUUGUGUUAAUAUCUUAAAAUACACACAUUCACCAUAACUUUUUUUUAGAAGAAACAUUCAUUAGGUACCUAGUGACAUGAACAUGCUCCCCCAAGAGACCUUAUAUUUCACCUUAAAUAUAGCAUUCAGGUUUAUUUAUGGUUUGUUGUUUUUGGCAUUAUGCAUAUGUUUUCAUCCUGAGACCUUGUGGAUGGAAGGCAUGUGUUCUAACACCGAACUUUGGGACUCUACUACAUGUUUAUUUUAAUGUGACUGUCCUUCAGGUCCUGGUUUAAAGGCAAUAACAUAAUGCCUAGUUUGUAUGUAAAGAUGGCACUUGCAGGGGAGCUGAAACUGACAGUCCAGCCUUUACCGUGAGGUUAUUCUUCUCUUGGUCUUUCACUUUAAUAGUCCUUCUUAGGUUCUUCUGCAAUUCUGAAGACUUGUGUGAAACUGAUAAGAGACUUCUCUGCAUUUAACUUGGAUUCAGCUUCUAUGAUUCUUCUGUGGUGUAAAGCUAGAACAUGGUUUGGACUUAGGCAUGUGUGUGCAAAUGUUGCUGAUGAUCUUUCUUGUCAUAGAUGCUAUCUGUUAAGUAGUGGCUUGUUAAGCCUGCCUAAUGAAUUUUUUUAGCAGUGCGGUAAGAUCUGCACUGUGAUCUAUUGGUUCUUAGCUUGUUUUCUUAGCCACUGUAGCAGAUCUGUGUAAACUUAAUAUGGGAAAGAGAGGUAGUAUGUUAGAAACUGCUAUGGCUGGAUGGAAAAUAUUUGUAUAGUGCUGAUUUCUGUGUCGUGAUAUUUGGAUAUCAUGAAUGUACUCAUGAAUGUAUAUAGCAUUUAUUCAUGGUGUUACAGUGCAGCAUCAGGUUGAUCACAAUUGUAAUGGUUGUUCCUUUAAACAUUAAUCAUGUGUGCAAAUGCCUUGCUUGGCAGUCAGCCUUUAAAAUCUGUGCAUAGUUAUGUGAAUCGGAAUGGCAUAACUUGCAGUGCUGUUUUAAAAUGGCAGGAUAAUGAUACAGCAUUGCCAUGUUCAGAUUAUAAAUGGAUGAGGGCAUUCAGGAAAAAUACCAAGUAAUCACCUUAUGUUUCAUUCCAUCAUUCUGUCCUUCCACCUCUGCUCGGGAUCCCAGACGGAUGCUUCUAACAUGCUUGGCACAUCUCCUUUGCCUGGAAGGCCAAAUAAGAGCUACCUGCACAGCUGACACCAGGGCUGCUUCUUGGCCAACUGGCAGGCAGAGCUUGUGAUGGAGCAGCUGACUACUUCCUCUAGUGUCUCUCCCCCCUGCAUCCCACUCCUUUCCCUAGAUUAAAUAUGUCAUACUUCAAACACCUGCUGCCCUGCCAAAUUCAGCAACUAUGUUGUUAUUGGCAGCUUCAUUCAUUGGACAAAUAACAUCAGCGUUGUGAUGUGUUUAAGCAUUGUAGGCUAGAGGUGGCUCGUUUUUUGUUUUUUUAGCUGAGGGCUUACGGAUCUCCAGAAGGCAUGCGUGAUGUAAUUGUAGGAGUCUAGAGUAAGUGAUUUGAGAGUUGCCUUAAAUUGUACAUCCUAGAGCAAACUGUUGCCUUCACUGUACGGAGAUGUCACAUGCCUCUUCUUUUUUCAUGCAUCCAUCUUUAAAUGUUGGAAUUAAUUGCCAUCUGACUGUGUUUGAACUAGUUUGACUUAGUGGGUAGCAUGCUACACUUUGAUCUAGGAUCACAACUACCCCUCAGGUAGUUGUGGGGAAAUCACUGAUCCAGUUCAGCCAUACAUUUUCUGGCUUGCUAAAUUUCAGUUUAGCAGCCAGAAACAACCAUUAAGACCACAUUCCCAUUUGUUUCUUGGUAGUUCCCUGGUAUGUCUGAAACAGGGACCUCUGGUUUAAUGUCAGUACCUGACAAGGAUAUUAAAUCAUGUUUUAUAUUAUGGUUUAGCAGUCUGGAAAAUGUAUAUCUGAACCAGGCAACUGUGCUAUGGUCUCAAUAUGUAAAAAAAUUAUUGAUGUAUAUUGUAGGGUUCCUGAGAGGAUGACUUGGUUAAACUUAGCAACCCUUUACAUAUUAAGGCUGCAGUCCUAUGCAUCAGUAAAUUUCAUGAAAUCAUUGGGGCUUUGAAUAAAUGUGGAUAGGAUCUGAUUGUAAUGAGAGUGUAGUAAUGUUGGCAUACUGAUUAUUUCACAGCAGCAUGGGAGAUAACCUUCACCACUUCUGAUAAAAUGCAAAUUGUACUUUAAAAUCUUAACUCAGUUUUGUUUUUGUUUGUAAGUUAUCCAGGCCUUAGGUGAACAUUUGAAAUUAAGACAACAAGUUAUUGCCACUGCCACUGUCUACUUCAAAAGGUUCUAUGCCAGGUAGGACCACUUUAGUAUAUAUAUAUAUUUUUUCCUUUUUAAACAGAAUUCAUAAGUUAACAGAUAAGUUGGUUUGUAGCCAUAUCCAGUGGGUACUGUUCAGCUGAUGAAAGGCUUUUGUAAGCAGAAUGGGAAGGGUAGCAAUUUUCAGUUAUUACAUCCCACAAUGCCAUGGUGCCUCUGUAACAGCGAUCCCAGAUGCCUUCAUCUGCCCCAGCUGUAAUAAAACAUAUCUCCCAUAUUGGCCUCUACAGCCACAGCAGGCAAUGCAACUCUGUAACAGUUUGACUUUACCCUCAGUGGCACACUCUUCCAUUGUCUCCUGAGACAGAUGGAUGCCAACACAACACACACAGUCUCUCUCCACCUGCUAAAUAUGCUACAGAGGGUUGGGAGACCCUGCAGAACAGAUUUAGAGGGGUGGGGGCUGCAGGAGGGAAGGCAAAUAGCUAAAAACUGCUACCUUUCCCAUUCUGCUUAUGGAAGCCUUCCUGUCAGCUGAGUGAUACUGUUCAAUUCAACCCCAUUGUCCUUCUAUAUAUGCAAACCUUUUAUUUUAUUUUAUUUUAUUUUAUUUUAUUUUAUAUUUUAUUUUAUUUUAUUUUAUUUUAUUUUAUAAAAUUUAUACACUGCUUGAUUGUAAAAAACCCUCAAAGCGGUUUGCAAUAUUGGUGGUAACUUUUCUAAAAAGCAGUGCUCUAUGUGAAUAGCUCCUUCUGCCUUCUUAAAAUCAUGUACUGUCACUUUUCAGAUAUUCCCUAAAAAGUAUAGAUCCGGUACUAAUGGCUCCUACAUGUGUGUUUUUGGCAUCCAAAGUAGAGGUACGUAGAGCAUAUUUUUCUGUGCGUGCAUAAAUUUGGUAUAAAAAAGAGCGGAAUUAGUUUUUAACCCUAAAGAGAAAAGUUAAAUUGGAGCAUAUGGUGGCUUUGUUUCUCUAUGUCCUUCUGGGACAAACAGGAGCUCCAUUAUUCAAUGCUGCAUCACACUUACAAGACGGGGAGGUUUCUUUUGUUGUAUGUGUUGUUGUUUAACCUUUAAGAAGAAAAUCAAUAAAGAUAAAUUUAAAAAAGAAGAUCCAGUGGUGGUGAUGAACUGUAGUUCAUUACCAUUCUAAUCUGUCCUAUUGGCUGAGUUGCUGUCUUGUCUUCUCAGUCUUUAUAGAUACUAGGAGUUAGUAAAGUGCACAGCAUUUCUCCCACCAAGGGGUUUGUGCCCCUCCCACCAUCGUUAUUGGUGUUUGGCUGUUCAUACAUUCAGAAUAAAUGGUGACCCUUGAUCACACCAUGCUUCCAGUGCUACAGGUUGCUUUUCUUGCCUUGUGGUUACAGAAGCUAGGCACAAGGGCCAUCUUGGUAGCUGCAUUGCUAUUGAAAGAUAGUCUGCUGAUGGGAAAGAAAAAAGAUUCCUUCUCAGACAAGCUUCUUUAUUAUUUGCAGCGUUGUUGUGACUAUAGCAGGGUGAGGUGGAGAUAAACCUUUUUACACCUGUUCACCAUAGGCUGCAGUGGAGCUGGGCAUGGCUGGCCUCAGAUUCUGGCAGCCUGUCUUGGAAAGUGCUCAGCAUUUGCCUACAAGCCUCUCAAGAGAACCUUCCUUUCACCCAUCAUAAUGACAGGCAAUUUGUCACAGUGUGUUUCUAGUGUGGAAUACCUUCCAGUGUGACUUCUUUUUUCUUGCUUUAGGAAUUUGGUGUGGUCUCAAAUACAAGGUUGAUAUCUGCUGCUACUUCUGUAUGUAAGUGUAAAUCAUGUCCUUUAAGUGUAAAUCUGCUGCUUUAUCAUAGGUAAAAUAGUCAUCAUAAUAGUUAUAGAUAAAAUGUUGUCUUCUUCAUAGGAAGCUGUGCAUUGCUUAGAAACUUUGGGGAUUAAAUAGUAUAACUACCUGAAAUAAAUAAAACAGAUUAAGUACUAACUGAAAUCAGUUUUCAAUCUCAGCAGCAGCAAUGAAAAUGAAUUUCUUUAUCCAUAGUAUGUUUGAUACUUGGUUAAAGUCUGUCUCCCCUUACCCCUCUGCAAAAUAGAUAUUUGCACAUGCAUGAUGGUAGAAAACUAAUUUCCAGAAACUGGUAAAGGCUUCCACUCCAGUAGAUAAUUUGGUCAAUUUGUAAGCUUUCAGAGUCUGGUAAACAUUUUCUUUUAAAAAGCCAUAUCAACUUACUUUUCAAAGUAUAUAAAAUAAAUUUCAAAACCUGUUCUCACCCACCUACCCUUUGCUUUGGUCAUUGCAAUACUAUUUUAUUCACAUUCUUUCAUAGUAGUUUUUCAUUGUAUCUGAAUUUUGUCAGGUAAUCUCGAAAGUCCAUAUGCUCUAAUAUACGUAGUUUCCAGGUGUUCUCUUGUACUUGAAAAUGUAAAACAAUGCAUCCAACAUCCAGUCUUGUGAGAUUUGGGAGUUCAAUAAAAAAUAAACAUGGUGGUUUAAUUUUAUCCUCUUUUUAAAAAAAUGUCUCUUGACUUCUUUUAAUUGCAGUGAAAACUAGGUUUUCGUAUGCCUUUCCGAAGGAAUUUCCUUAUAGGAUGAACCAUGUAAGUAACCCUGUAAUGAUAUAGUUUGCAUUAGCAUAUCAUCUCUGAAUUAGUACAUAUAUAUAUUUAUUUGAAAGUAAAUAUAUUUAUUUGAAAGUAAGCUCCACCAAUUGAUAAGUGGAACUUACUUCCUCAAGUGCAUCACUUAAGUUGCCGUUUUGUAAAUGGGUGCAACAGUUGAACUGAUGUCUAAUAAAAUAUAUUAUGCACAGAAUUUCAUUACAAUAUAUUGAUGUUGAGUGGAAUGGAUUUACCUAGUCUCCAAAGGAUCUGUGUUUUCCCCCUCCUUUUUAAUGUGAGCAGUGUGUUUGGUAUGAUUAACUUGCUUUCUAUUUUUGCAGAUACUAGAAUGUGAAUUCUAUCUCUUAGAAUUAAUGGUAAGUUCAUCUGUUUACCUCUGCAUUGGCUUAACUUUAUAUUACAGCUUUAUAUACAGCUUUCCUGUUUGUUAAAGGGGAUGAAAUGAGCUAUUACCCACAGCACUUACCUUUAAAUAGGCAGUAUUGUCCACACCUCUCCCCAGUUGUACUGCAAGUCCCUAAAAAAGGAGCAUUCCUUUUUAUAGUUUAGUAGUUCAUGACAGCUAAGCAGAAAUUAAGAAUAGAGUUGCACAAAUUACAUACAAAACCCAAAUGUUUUCUUUGUACAGUGGUACCUCAGGUUACAUACGCUUCAGGUUACAUACGCUUCAGGUUACAGGCUCCGCUAACCCAGAAAUAGUACCUCGGGUUAAGAACUUUGCUUCAGAAUGAGAACAGAAAUCGUGCUCCAGCAGCAUGGCGGCAGCGGGAGGCCCCAUUAGCUAAAGUGGUGCUUCAGGUUAAGAAUAGUUUCAGGUUAAGAACAGACCUCCGGAACGAAUUAAGUACUUAACCCGAGGUACCACUGUAUAGAUAUUUGAAUACAUUAUAUUCAGUUUAUAAGAUAUACAGUGGUACCUCGGUUUACGAACUUAAUCUGUUCUGGAAGUCCAUUCUUAAGCCAAAGCCGUUCUUAAACCGAGGCGUGUUUUCCCUAAUGAGGCCUCCCGCUGCUGGUGUCCUUCCACUGUUCGGAUUCCGUUUGUAGACUGAGGUAAAGUUCGCUAACCAGAACACUAUUUCCGGUUUUGCGGAGUUCGUACACCAAAUAGUUCGUAAACAGGGCUGUUCUUAAACUGAGGUACCACUGUACUAUAAAUACUUAACCACAGGUAUAGGCUCAGGGACCCAUGUCAUGUUCUUACAUUUCAUAAAUACUUCUCUGGAAAUGUGUGUACUUUUGGCUACUUUAUAUACUGACAACUGCUCUUCCAAUCAGUCAGCUAACCAGUACAGGCAGCACAGCUACUCUAUUCAUCAUGUUAGUCAGACAACAGGCAGUGUAAUACUUUGGACUCCACCCACCUUUAGCUUUGGCCCUGCUCACCAUUGGCAUGUGGCUUCUAUCAGAUUACCUUUGACUUUUAAAAACUCUGUUCUAAGGUGUGCUUUGUGGUUAAAAAUUCUCCCUCUUUUUAAUGUGGUUUGCAACACAUAGCACCUUUGCACAUUGCAUCUCUGUUCUGAACUAGUGGAGGAGGAGCUUCCUCCUACAGUCUCUCUGACAUAAUCCCCCAUUUAUAUUACAAGAAGAGAAGUGAGAACUUACUUGAAUUUCAAACUAGUGCCAGUUAUUUUGGCAAGCUUUUAGUUUAUGCAGUUUUAAACACAGGCUGUUCUUUUGCAAGGUUCAUUUUCCAGUGAGGUAUUUAGGUUUGUGGGCAAAUAAGGUUUUUGUUUGCUGCAGUUGUGUCACUUUGUGUCUCCGAGGGAGAUAGUCUGAUAGGCACUCUGUCAGCUUCUACAGAGGAGUAUUCUAAAGAGACUACUGACCUCAUUUUGACAGAAUAAGGGUGCUGCAACAGUAACAUGUUGAAUGGAAGGCAGGAAGCACCUAAAUUUGUAAGUCAGAUGUUUUGAAUUCUUGCUAGUGACAAUGAGCUUUGUGCUGCACUUAAUUUUAAAUGGCCUUUUAAAAUCAAUCUUUCCAGGACUGCUGUUUGAUAGUAUACCAUCCUUAUAGACCUCUACUCCAGUAUGUGCAAGAUAUGGGCCAAGAAGAUAUGCUGCUACCCCUUGCCUGGUAAUAAAUAUAAAAAUGUUUAAAGAGUGUGUUCAUCUGAGGAAGAGUACAAGAUUAAAUACAACAACGGAGGUGAAGUCUGCUAACUGACUUUGCAGACACUUUCCCCAGUUUGCCAAAGCCACGUGAGCCAAUAUCUAGACAUUUUCCUGGGGAUCAGUAUUAGUUUAAUACAUACUGGAGAACACAUGGAACCAGUUUGGUUUAUUUGCCACCAUUGGAUUGUUUUACAUAUGACCUGUACAGCCUUUUCUUCAAAACACCCAAGGGGCACACAUAGUAAUUAGAUACUCUGAUUACUAUUUUAUUUAUUUAGUAUAUUUAUCCCUGCUCUUCAUGGAACUCAAGGUGGCUUCAGCAAGGUGCCUGCCCUCAAACCAUCCCUAACCUUGUCUUGCAGUAGGAAAGAUGACAUCAUAUAAUGCCUCUGAAUACAGAUCUAUUACAGUUGUACCUUGGUUGUAGAACGCCUUGGAACUUGGACGUUUUGGCUCCUGAAUGAUCGAAACCCGGAAGUAACUGUUCCAGUUUUUGAACGUUCUUUUGGAAGCCAAACAUCCGAAGGGGCUUCCGCGGCCAAUCAUAAGCCGUGAUUUGGAAGUCGAACGGACUUCCGGAAUGGAUUUGGGAAGAAAUUAAACCAGUGUUCCAAACUGCAAAGUAUGUAGGGGGGGAAAUACAAUGAAAUGUGUAUAUAAUGAUAACCAACAUCCUGAUUUCAAACAGAACGUAAAUGUUUAAAGGAGAAAUAAGCUGGUGUGUUUGUGGCAUAUUACCUUGACUCCCUUAGGUGAAGAAAUGAAUGGCAGCAUGCUGAUUGGUUGUUUUUAUUUGUGCAGGAGGAUAGUGAAUGACACGUAUAGAACUGAUCUUUGUCUGCUGUAUCCUCCUUUCAUGAUAGCUCUAGGUAAGUAACACGUUAAAAAAUGCUUUAUCGCUAUUUGAAUGGAAUGAUUUGGUGUAGAGUUCCACCCAUGACCAUCUUCAUAUAAAGCCUGGUGUUGACGUCAAAGCCCCAGUUUCAUUUUUUUACUUAGUAACUGAAAUGCUUUUAUGGUGUUAAUUUUAAAAAAGCCAAUGGAGCAACUAGGAAACCAAAGUUAAAUGUACAUGUUAAGUGUCAGCAGUGUGAAAAGUAUCGAGAAUGGCUUGAUGGAAAAAUCCUCUCUUGAGAGGUAGACAGUGGUACAAAGAACAUGUUCUGGAAAUGUCCUUUGCCAUUACUAGUAUGUUACCCAUCAUUCUACAAGUAUUGUUAUCUAACCUUAUCAACAUUUGUUUCCCUUGUAGCUUGUCUACAUGUGGCCUGUGUUGUCCAGCAAAAGGAUGCUAGACAGUGGUUUGCUGAGCUCUCUGUUGAUAUGGAGAAGGUAGAUACAUUUUCUUUCCUAGGUACAGAUUUAUUGUGUAAUGGGAAAACAUGUAUGCUAGCCACAUGUCCUCCUGUAAAGUGGUAGCUUCAUAGGACCAGGUAUUAUAAUCCCUUCUUGACAAUGCUUGAACUAGCUUCUGGUCAUUUUGGGGGCAGAAUUCAUGAUGGAGGUGCUUAUUUUCAAAGUCCUAUGUGUAUUGGAACUGAGGUGAUGUAAAUCAAAUGAAGGCUGUGUUUAUUUCCUCUUGAAAUUACUGACCAUUCAGCUAAUUUCCUAGUGCACUGAUCUCUGAGUAUAAACUCUGUUAUGCUCUAAGAUCAAAGCUCAUGUUAAUUCCCAGUAACAAAUCCAAAAUUAUCCCAAGUACCAAUGUCUUAAGAUGCUGAAUGUUUUAAAGUAGGCUCAGAAUUUGUCCUUCCCCACCCCCAGUGGGUAAAAUAUUAAAUAUAUUAUUACUAAAUUUAAACAGACAGGGGUACUAUACAAGGGUAACAGAAGACUUAAUAUUUUCGGACCUAUUCCUUGUAUAUGAAGUGUGUGCCUGUUGCUGACAGACACAUAGAAACAUGCCUACGUUUUGUCAUCUAGACAUAUUUUUGUUUAGAUUUUAGAAAUAAUCAGGGUUAUCUUGAAACUGUAUGAACAAUGGAAGAACUUUGAUGAAAGGAAAGAAAUGGCUACUAUUCUAAGUAAGAUGCCUAAACCAAAACCACCUCCAAACAGGUAGGUGUCUUCAAACUUUGUUUUCUCCUUGUUGUACUUACCUAUCCCUAUUUCUAUAUCUGUCUAUAUUUCUAUUUAUCUGAAGAGUGUAUCCAAAGUGUAAACAAGAAUUUUAACAAUAUUCCAGAGAUCUAUCAGAAUGUAUUGUAUUCCUAGUUGCUAGAAAUUUGAUAGUUCUCAGGUUAACAGUUACACAACUUCCUGCUUUUCUUUUGUGAAAUUACCUAAUAGAAAUGAGUUAACUCUCCAGAAUUGUGUAGGCAUAGGCAUCCUCCUUCUGAAUCUUCAGGGACUAUAACAACAUUUAUCAAUGUCAUUUGAACAUGAUGAAUGGCUGUGCUUGAACAUAAUGCUUUAAACUAUGGUUUUGGACUGUUAGUCACUGGAUGUUUGUAAACUGAGUGACAUUGUUCCUUGACUAUCAUAUUAAAGCUUUUUGGUUUUCAGGAAUCAUUUUACGAAGCACAUUGUCUGCUUAUAACAAAUACUCAGGAUUAGUACAGGCUUACUGGCAAGGGGUUGGUGGAUAGGUUGUUGUGAUUUUGGAUAAGAUAUAUAUAACCUUUGCCCCUUGCAACUCUGGUUAUGAGCUGAGUGUGAGAUCAUUGUGUGGGCUAAAUUCUAUACCUGAUUUUUGAAAAACAAAUGUGCAUUUCAGGAACAAAUAAUUUUUUAAAUAACCACACUGCUCCCUACCCAGGCAGUUGUUGAAUGAAGGCAGUAUGAAGACAAAAGCUACAAGGACUCAGAAUUUUUUUUUUUUUUAAUUUCCUCAGUCAUGAUUUAAGCAAGACUCACAAUUUGUAGGAGUUUGAGGCCAAUUUCUGUGGUGGUAUUUACAUUUUGCCACUUGCACAGGCUCUCCUAGAAUAAAUUCUUGUAUGCUCUCACAUGAAGUAAAUGUAAUUAAAGAGCUGCAUGAUGAUUGACCUUGUCCAUUGUGACUUCUUGUGCUUCCAAUAUUGUAUAAUUAAGACUGUAAUCUCCUGCCUUGCUGUUACAUUAGAGAUGCCUUCAUGAAAUGAAUUCACAGAAGUAAAAGAAAUAAUUUUUUAAAAAUAUAUCCAUAUUUGUUUUGUUCUGAACAGUGAAGGCGACCAAGGCCCAAAUGGAAGUCAGAAUUCUAGCUACAGCCAGUCUUAA